UUGAGUCCUUUCUACUUAAAAUCAUGUCUUUUCCUUUCUCUCUCUAUCACUCUCACUCUCUCUCCAUAAUACUCUCUGUCUGACUGAGCUAGCUAGAAAGAUAAAUGAGUCUUACUUUUAAGUCUAGCGGUAGACUCGGAUCCUGUCUCCUUUCAUUUCAAACCAGAAAUUAAAAAAUAAUCACUUUUUUCUUCCACUCUUCUCUCCCCACUCACUCUCUCAUCUCAUUACCAAACAACACCAUGAACAACACUGACCCCUACGGUUUACCGGAGGAUCUCCGCCGCCUCCUAUCAUCCAGAACCACCACCACCACCACAGAACCACCACCGUAUAAUCUCUAUGCUUCUGCUUUUCAUCCACCUAAUAAUUAUUCUUAUGACCCUUCUUCUAUCAUGGUUGGUGACGUUUUCUAUCCUCGUAGUGCCUUCACUCACACUCACACUCACCACUAUGAUUAUUCCUCCUCCACUCUCAACAUUCCUUCAACUAGCUCCACCACUAUUGCUGCUGCAACUGCUAAUUCAGAUCAUGCUACUGCUUCUGCUGCUUUCUUUGCUGGCCUAGAAACUAAUUCUGCUGAUAAUAAAGAAUGGCUUGGUAAUUUUGAUUCUUGUAACAAUAGAUGGCCUAGACAAGAAACGCUUUCUCUUCUAGAAAUCAGAUCUCGUCUUGAUUCUAAGUUCAAGGAGAAUAAUCAGAAAGCACCCUUGUGGAAUGAAAUUUCUAGGAUAAUGGCUGAGGAAUUUGGGUACCAAAGAAGUGGAAAAAAAUGCAAGGAGAAGUUUGAGAAUUUGUACAAGUAUUACAAGAAAACUAAGGAAGGUAAGGCUAGUAGACAAGAUGGUAAACACUACAGAUUCUUUAGGCAGCUUGAAGCAAUAUGUGGAGAAUCAAUUACAAACACUCAUGCUUCAAUUUCAGACAAAACCCCUCAUGCUGCUUUUGUUGCUACUCAAACUCCAAGCUUCACAAUCAACCAAGAAAAUGUUAAUGGUGUUGAGGAUCAUGGUUUGGUCAAUAGCCUCAAGUACAAAUCAGAAAGUCUAAUGAGUUUCUCGAAUUCGUCUGAGUUUGAGACAUCCUCGUCGGAAAACAACGACGAGGAUCUCUCGGCUAUCGCGCACUCGAUGAGGUCGUCGUCGAAGCAGAAAGGACUAGAGUUGGAGAAAAGUGAGAAGAGGGUAAGAAAAAGCUGGAGAGGUAAAGUGGAGGAGAUUGUAGAUUCUCACAUGAAGAAGAUUAUAGAGACGCAAGAUGCAUGGAUGGAGAGAAUGUUGAGUGUUGUUGAACAAAGAGAACAAGAGAUGGCAUCAAAGGAAGAAGAAAGGAAGAGAAAAGAGUCAAUGAGGUUUGAUCAAGAGAUACACAAACUUUGGGCUAAAGAAAAAGCUUGGGUUGAAGCAAGAGAUGCUGCAUUGUUAGAAGUUGUAAGAAAACAUAUUGGGAUAGAAGGAACAAAUAAUAAGAAUGAAAAUGGUAGAAACUUUGAAUACCCUUUUGGAAGUUUGGAGAAUCAUAGAUGGACAGAAAUGGAGAUUUCAAGUUUGAUACAACUAAGGACUAGUUAUGAACAUCAACUAAGAGAAAAAGGAUAUUUGGAGGAUGGUGUUUGGGAUGAUAUAGGUGAAAAAAUGGUGUAUAUGGGAUUCAACAGAAAUGGAGCAGAAUGCAAGAAAAUAUGGGAUGAGAUUAGUGUAUCUCUUAGAAGGACAGUGGACUGUGGAGUCAAAAUCACAAGACCUUGGUGUUUGGGACUUAAGGUGACAGAUGAUGACGACAUUUGAGACAUGCAUGAAUCAGAGUUUUUGAAUUCUGAGCAUGAAAAGUGGUGAUAUUAAAUACUAGUAUGCAAUAACUUGCAAAUUUGCAUCUUUGAAAAUCACAAGGGUGUAAGUUUUAAGUUAUAGGCCAAGUGUUUUAAAUUUUAUCUAUGUGUGUAGGGUUUAUGCUUGAGUUGAGUGUUAUAAGCUCAUUGGCAUUUGUUGUUUAGUUUUAUUGACAUCAAAUGCUUGAGUUCUUUAGUUAUGAAUUAUGAAUUUGAACUCUUAUGAU